AUGGCACCGAAAACAGAGAAAAUCAAUCUGUCCGCGACGGAUGUCACGCCGGCAAGCGGAGCGGAGAAAAUGAGUUGGAAAGAUUAUAAAAAGAUGAAGCAGAAAAUCGGCAAGUUUCCCAAAAAGAAACAGGAAUUCAAGCAAAAUGGAAAGGGAAAACCGGAGGAGAAGUUCACAGGCUUAACUAAACAACAAAAACUGCGACAUGAUACAGGAGCAAAAACAAUUGAUCCAAGCUCGAUGCGAUCAAAAUUACAACAAGAGAAAAUGAAGUUGACAAAGGAGAAAUUUGAAAAACGUAUUGAAUUGACUGCAAAAGCUGAAAAGCGUUUAGUUGAAGAUGUGAGUUAGCCCAACUCUAAAAGUAUUUUCAAUCCAAAACAAAAUUUUUAGACAGGUUUCUUGGGUGCUGACGAUGGUGAGGACAAUAUGCUCACUUAUAGUGUCCGCCAAAAGGAAAUUCAGCAAAACGUAGAUUUGGCAGCUGCAACAAAACAUUUUGAACUGAAACUCCCGAAAUUUGGACCAUAUCAUAUUGAUUAUACAGAUAAUGGUAGACAUUUAGUGAUUGGUGGAAGAAAAGGACAUUUAGCAUCGAUCGAUUGGCAGACAAAGCAUCUUCAUUGUGAGCAAAAUGUUAUGGAGAAAGUUUCGGAUGUGAAGUGAGCUUUAUUUUCACGAUAAAAUGCAAAAAAACAUUGAUUUUUGUAGAUUUCUCCAUACUGAAAACUUCAUCGCAGUCGCUCAAAAACAUUAUACCUAUAUCUACGAUAAUUUGGGAACCGAAUUGCAUUGCUUGAAAAAUAUGUAUGAUGUUGCGCGACUCGAAUUUCUUCCUCAUCAUUUUUUGUUGGCUGGCGGUUCGCGUAAUUCUUUUUUGACAUAUGUUGAUGUAUCAGUUGGUAAAGAAGUUAUAUCAUUUGCUACAAAAUCGGGAAAUCUUGAUGUAUUGUGUCAGGUUAGUUGGACUUGAGUCAACAUUGUUCAACUUGCCAGAUACAAAAGUGAAGCUUACACAAUUUUGAUUAUUUCAGAAUCCGGCAAAUGCAAUAAUUCACACUGGUCACACCAAUGGAACUGUUCAAUUAUGGUCGCCAAAUUCGAAAGAACCGCUCGUCAAAAUUCUGACACAUUUAUCAGCUGUUAAAGGAAUCGCAAUUGAUGAACAGGGAACUUAUAUGGCAACAACUGGAUUGGAUCGAAAAUGUCGAAUUUGGGAUGUUAGAAUGUUCCGACAACUUCAUUCUUAUUCACUACCUUUUGGUGUGGCAAAUGUGGCGAUUUCGCAGAAGUUGCAUGUUGCUUGUGCUGUUGGAAAUUAUGUACAGGUGAUUCGAUUUUUCACAGAAAAAAUCAAUUUUCAAUCAAAAAAUUAAAUGAAUUUUUUUAUUGAAAUUUAUCAAAAUUCAACUAAAAUUUCUGGAAAUCCUGAUGUUUUUAUUUUUACCUGAAAAGGCGAUCCGUGAGAAAUAUAAUUCAAAAUGAAAAUUUAAAAAUGUUUUGAAAUGUUAAAUUUGAAUUGAGGUCACGUCUGGAAAUUUAAAAUUGAAUAACCAUAGAUUUUUUGGGGUCAAAACAUGCUGACAGUAACCCUAGACCUAUUUCAAAAAUUUAAAACAAAACAAAAUUAUUUUAAAAACCGUCUAAACAUAUCUCAAAGUUUUCUUUUUAAAAAUAAUCAAUUUCUUUUAGGUGUUCCAAAACAUGCACAAUGGAUCCUGUAUCGAACCAUAUCUCGUUCACAAUUGUGGAGGACUAGUAACUGAUCUGAAAUUUGUGCCAUGGGAAGAUGUUCUAGGAAUUGGACAUGCUUCAGGUUUCACAUCUAUGUUGGUUCCAGGAGCUGGUGAUCCAAAUGUCGAUACUUUACGAUCAAAUCCAUAUGAGACCAAAAAUCAACGAAAAGAGCGAGAAAUCAAACAACUUUUGGACAAAAUCCAACCCGAACUUAUUACACUCAAUCCAGAUGAUAUUAAUAAAGUCAAUGAAGGAUUAUUGGAAUUGGAAGAGGAAGAACGGAAAAAGAUAUUGUAUAUUCGACCGGUUAAAGUUGAAUACACGCCACGUCAUAAAAUGCGAAGUAAGAAAUCAGGUUGGCAAAUGGAAGCGAGGAAAAAUAUGGUUAAGGAUAAGAUUCGAAUUGAGAGAAAUAUUGAGAAACAUCAAGUGGAAAAUGAAGUUUUUGGUGAAAAUCAAGAGGAUCAGGAGAAGAAAGAGCCCAAGAAAAAACACAUUUUAGAUCGCCUCAAAUUAUAA